AUGAGAUUCCUCACGGUCGUGAGGUUUUCUGGAAAGGCUGCGACUCGGAGCAAAGAAUUCGCGUCAGCAGAAAUUGAAUCGAUGACGUGGCGCAGCACCCCUCCGUGGUUUGUCUGCUUUGCCGCACUUGGCGGAGUGGGUCUUCUAGAUCAACGCAGUAGUGGCAUUCUGCAUUUAGCGACCCAUUCGUUCGCGAUCUCGCAUCGACGGUCGUCGUUCAUGGAGCUCUCUCACCUCGCCAACUCCGCGCAGUCGCUGGGUUUACCAGGACUUCUCGUCGCACUCGUGCUCAUCAUGGUCGUCGCGUCGUGGCUUGGCGCGUCGCAAGGAAAGCGCAGCAGCACGCAACAAGAUAACCCACCUGCCGCCAAGGAAUCCAAGGUGUACACUAAGGAGGAGGUAGCGAGGCACAACAAGAGGGACGACUGCUGGGUCAUCAUCAAGAACAAGGUGUACGACCUCACAUCGUACGUGGAUGAGCACCCGGGUGGCGAUGCCAUCCUCAACAAUGCAGGGGAGGACGCAACAGAAGGCUUCUAUGGGCCUCAACACGCUUCCCGCGUCUUCGAUCAAGUGGAAGAGUUCUUUAUUGGCGACCUUGUUACCACCGUUAGCACAUAUUACACCGAGGUGGCUGCGCGAGCCAUGGCUCAUACGCGGCACUGUGCGAACCGAUCUCAUCUACGACGAUGCUGCAUCGCGCUCAUCCUAUCGGUUCUGGCGCUCGCGCAUUCCCCCGCGGCGUCGGGCAAGCCGAACAAGAACAAGAACAAGAGGGAGAACAGCGCGGGCCUAGCCUACUAUUCCGCCAUGGCGCGCGGGACGUCGAUUAAGAGCAUAACGGCAAUUGCUAUAGCGGAGAGCAUUCAGUUCGAGUUGACGGUGGGCGGGUCGUGGGAUCCCCCUUACAACGUGACGCUCUACCGCAAUCCGGCCAUGCUGCCCUCCGCGCCGGCCAGCAAGGACACGGCCGUUGAAUUGCAGACGCUCGCAGGAAACGGAGGUACAGAGUGGUUGAAAGUGGUGCCAACGGUUUGGGAGACGUACGGCUCGGUGCUCUUCCAGGACGGCACGGACACCAUGACCAAGGAGCUCGCGCCAGGUGGCAGGCCGCAAUUGGUCGGCGAGUACACCGUGGAAACGGUGUCUCCCCCGGGAUACUCAGACGAGCCACCCAAGCUGGCCGUUGCGAGUUUGGAGAGAGGCAACGCUAAGAAAUUUGGCAACCCCGGUCAACUCGCUGUCCCACUGGAAAGCCCUCUCUUUAGCGCUGCGCUCGUGGAUGCCAUGACAGGCGGCGCUUAUGUGCACAUCACCUCUGAAGCAUCUCAGUACAACCUCUCUUAUGUCGUCGCCAUAGUGGAUCCGGAAGAGGACCCGCUCUCGCCUCUCCUCCGCAUUUACAACGACACCCACGCCAUGCCGCCCCUCUCCCUGCACUGCGCGCACUCGCACUGGGCCAACCCGCGUAUGGGGCUCUUCAUGUGUGCGGGCUACCUCACUCUUGACGCUGCUGCUGGCCUGCAGUACCCCCCUGGUGCUGGGGAGGUGGGCUCGGAUAGCGGAGGGAGUGGCGCCGAGAAGAAGGGGGGUAAGGGGAAGAUUAAGUUUCUUCCGGGGGUGAUUGGGAAUGUUGGUGGUGGGGGAAAUGGGGGAGGUGGGGGUGGUGGGGGUGGAGCAGGGGGUGUGGCUGGGGCGUUAGGUGGGGCUUUUGCUGCUAUUGGGAAGAAGCUGGGAGGGAAGAAGGGAGGGAAGAAGGGCGGAACUGCGAACAAGAACCAUCCACAGUCACUGUCUGCAGGAGCUUCCUCAUCCUCGAUAAAAGCUGCCUCGCUAAGCGACGCUGCAGCUGCUGUCCAACCAAAGCAACCCAGCGGCGCGCCUCUCUCAAGCCAACUAAAGGACAAAGCGGAAACAGCAGCCCUGUCCCUCCAAACACUGGGCCGAAAGGGCGGGAAGAAGGGCGGCAAGGGCGGAAAGGGAUCAAAAACCGGCGGGGAGAGCAGCGGCAGCAGCGGAAAAAAGACAAAAGGAGCCGACCCAGCAGCAGACGCCGGCAGUUCUGGUGGGUCCGGGGGGGCAGAUGCUGGCAGUGGCAGUGCCGGGGAUGGCACGGGCAGCAACGGAGGUGGUAACGGGGCAGUGGACGAGGAUGGGCGGGUGGAGAUGCCUUACCUGGAGGCCAUGGCGAGCCUGCUGGCAUACGGCACGGAUGGUGGUGGCGAUGGGUCGACGUACUAUGAGGUCUCUGUGUUCGGUGCGUCCCGCAUGUGCGAUAAGAUGGCGUCGCGACGUCGCUUCCCCACGUCCGUCGUCAAUCAUCGCUGUCGCGGCACCCCCGACUGCACCUGCGCUUUUUGCCAAGACUCCUCCGCGAUUCCCGCAGCAAGCCGGCCCGCAAAUCCCGCCGCAACCUCCACCGCUGCCACCGCGGGUACCGCCGGAGAGGCACCGCGUCUGCCGUCGUUAGCGGAGGAAGCGGCCGCGCUGCGAGCCGCCGUAGAUUUUGGCGGCGCCGCUCCGGACUAUUGGCGCCGCGAGCGCGGCGUUUCGCAGUCUAGGUCUGACGGGCUAGUAGGGGAUCGCACAGGGCCCGCGAUUGACGGCGUGGCACGCGGCGCAACAGGCGGCGAGAGUCGCGGCGGCGAAGAAGAGGCGAAGGACGCGCAGAGCAAGCGGGAAAUGGCGGCGGGGCGAUUUGUGCUGACUUUCGCGACUGGGACGCGCGGGCGAGACGUUCCCCCGGUGCCAACACUGUUACAGCUGUGUGUGGGCGAGGUGGGGCGCUACCUGCCUCACCUGCUCCGCAUGAACGCAUGCGAGUUCGACUUGAGGGGUUUUGUUGCGCUGCUGCCGCCCCACGCGCGGCUGGCACUGACAGCCAUUGCAAGGCGUCGAGGGCUGCUUUCUGAUUGGCUGCUGGAGGCGCUGGUGGAUGACACGUGGCAGAUCGUGGACUUGAGUGGUUCUGACGUGUCAGACCAAAGCCUUUGCCACGUGGCACAGACCUGCCCCACCCUUGUAGCUUUAGACAUCAGAGAAUGCAACGCCGUGUCGCUCCACGCGCUCACACUCCUUCUCAAGGCCUGCCCCGCCCUGCAGGUGCUGCGAAUGGGGGGCUCCCCUGCUUGUAACAAGGUCGCCAGAGCGGCAGUCAAGUGGAUGCUACCGCAGCAGCCUGUAAGGGGUACGGAAGGUGCACAGAGCGCAGAUGCAGGAGUGGAAGGGGAGGAAGAGGAGGAGACGGUGCGAGGAGAGGGGGAAGGAGGGGAGGGUAGCUGGGAGGAAGUGGAGGAGCUGCUGGAAGAGAGGGUUCCUGCUCUCAGAUGGCUCGUGUGGCCCGAGGCAGACCCCAACACAGCAGCGCUGCUCGCUUCCAAGUGCCCACGUAUCCUCCUCAACCCCGCCCCGCCCUCUCCCCCUCCCCCCCACUCUCUGCCUCUCGUUUACUCUCACAUCCCCACCUUCCCCUCCUCCACCGCACCCUCUCCUCCUCUCCCCCUCUCUCCCAUCUCCGCCCUUCCCUCCGCCCUCCUCUCCCGCACCCCCCUACAAGCCUUCCCUCGUUCCCCCUCGACUGCCCCCACCUGGUCGGUGAAGUCAGGAUCAAAGGUACCAGAGGCACAAGAGAAACCAGAGGCACAGGAGGAGCUGUCAAUAGCAGAGCGGUUCAGGCUGGCGUUUGUGGCGCGCAAUGAGCGGCUGGCACCCAAGCGCGCCAAGAACCAGCGCCAGAGGGAGAGGCGGGAAGGGCGGGACCGCGCUGCUGCUGACGUGGCGCUGCGGGCGCGGCUGCUGGCUGGUGCUGCCAGCCGCUCGCUGCGAUUGUGA